UAAUACUCCUUAACUGCCACACGAUUAGCAAAUUCAAUUACAAAAUCAAUAUUAAAAAAGCCCUUAAUUCACGUCUGUCAAAAUCAGCUGUUAGGUUGACAGUGCUUGUUUAUAUUUACAUCUACAUCAAAUUAAAAUUAACUUCUUAAAACCUGAUUUCUAGCUAUUUUUGAAUGACCCUUUUACACAACGCUUGUUUGAAUUAAGAGCCGAAAUAAUAAUACACUUUUUCCAAUAUCAACUUAAAUGUUUCAAGAUUUUAGGGAGAAAGAAGGAUGUUUUAUGAGGAUCCUGAGAACGGUCAAUCUAGGGAAGUUAAACAACCCCAUAAUGAUAAAAACUGCCAAAUUAUGAUAGACAACUCAGACAACAUACUUAAAACACUAAAAACGUUAUGGCAAGAUCAGAGUAUGUGCGAUGUUUACUUGAAAGUUGGUGGGAAACAGUAUGGAGCCCACAGGUUCAUCCUCUCUUCAAACAGUGAUGUUUUUCAGGCUAUGUUAAUGAAUUCUGCAUGGAGCGAGUGGAAAGAAAGCCACAUCGAACUUCAAGAACUACCUAUAUGCGAAAGUGUAUUUCAGGCCUUUCUCGAGUAUUUUUAUACAGGGAAAAUUUUGAUCACUCACACAAAUGUUGUACCUAUACUUGCUUUGGCAGACAAAUAUUUAGUCAAGGGUUUACAAAGAAACUGUAUCACCUACAUGAGCUACCAUGUACCGCACGCAGCUUACCACAACCAACUGUCCCCUUGGCUGCAAUACUCUUACAUAUGCAAUCACGAGGAAACUUUAACGAGCUGCAAAAACUUCUUCAAGUGGAACUUUGAAGCUGUCGCCAAAACUACCGAUUAUGGCAACGUCGACUGUGAUAUUUUCAUUAAAAUUAUUAGUUCCGACGAUGUGGUUGUACAUAAUGAGAUGAUGCUUUAUCACUGUGUUGUACGAUGGUUGGAUUUACAAAGGGCAAAAGUAAACAAAUCUGCUAAAGAGUAUAAGGAAUUGGUUGAAAUGGUUAUGAUGAACAUUAGAUUUCCCAUGAUGACCCCAAGGGAAUUGGCCGAACUUUUGAUAUCUCCCUUGAUUAAGCAGCACGAGCAAUUUUUCGUUGACAGGAUGGCUAUUGGAAUGAAAUACCAUUCUGGUUUUGAAGAUCAACUAGAGAGGCAUUACGUUGAAGAGCGUCAUCUCUUCAUUCCCAGAUUGUAUACGUCGGAUAGCCGGUCGGCGGUUUUAAACAUUGACAAUUUUUGGGAUCUGCAGAGCUAUCAUGUGAGCACUUUCGUGUUUUCCUCUCUGUUAUCCGCUGCUGAACACGAUUCCCAUAAAAUAAGCGAGUGGGAGGUCAAGCUGUAUCCUAAGGGAGUGCAUUUUAAAAAAUGCUAUUUGAUUUGUUGGCAAGGUACCAUGGAAGUUCCUGAAGAAAUCUUGAAAACCGUCAGGUUAUCUUUGACCUGUGGUGAGUCGGCUAAUGCCAACGUGAGAGUAAAAGUCUCAGUGUUGAUUUAUGGUAUACAAGGAGGUGUGGAACAUGUGAUGCAAAUAAUCGAAAAAUCCCACUACUUUAACGCGCAAAGUAAUAUUUUAAACAUGGACGAUCUGAUCCCGUUUCACGUUUUAAAUCCGGGCGCUAGUCUCGAUCCGACUUACGAAAAUCCGUACUUGAUCGGCCCCAAUAAGAAUCAACUUAAAUUGACCAUUGUUAUUGCACCAAUUCAAUAAUAUAAUCCGAAAUAUAUCUUUGUUAUUUGUUUUUUUUUUUCGUAUAUUAAAGCUUUUUUAGUUGUUAUAUAAUAAUAAGAAUAAAGUUUUUAAUGAGA